UUAUUGUGACAAAGGUUUAAAUAGCACCGUUGUAAAUCGGACAUUUUUAAAUUUUUAAAUGGAGGGUCACUAGAUCAAAAUUAUAUCUGUUGUCAAUUUUAUUUGCAGCUGUUUAGCAGGACACAUGUAGGAUGAGUUUAUAAUUUCCGAGCAAUUUCCUGAAGGGCAGAUCUCAAAGAUGGCAAAAGUGGCAAUAAAAGUGUUGGGAGCUAAGGAUGAAGAGUUCUAUGAGGGGAUGGGAGUUUAUUUCAUUGCUCUGGCAACAAACCUGGGCUACGGGAAGAUGCUCCAGAGUGUUGGAAGGAACUUCAGAGACUUCUUCGUAAAUCUGGAUAAUUUACAUGAUUAUCUCAAAUAUACCUUUCAAAGAAUGAGAGCUCCGAGCUUUUUUAUAGCACACGAGGAUGAUACCGGUAUGAUUUUAGAAUACAGGAGCAAGCGUAGAGGUUUCCAUUACUAUGUCCAGGGACAAGUGAAAGAGAUUUCUAAAAACUUUGCUAAAGAGAUUGAAAAGCUGGAGAUUAGUCUCAAGAAACAAGAGGUUGUGUUUGACACAGUGGUGAGCACAUUUGAAAUGAAGUUUGUGAACAAGGGCUACACAGAGUUCUGCGCCCAUGAAGAACUUAGAAAAGGUUCCUCAAUGCCUCUCAGGGCAAAUGUUCUCUUCGAAAUUUUUCCUUUCUGCAUUCUUUAUAAUUCUGAUUUGACUGUAACUGUACUGGGAGCUGCUCUGCGACAAAUCAUUCCAAAAAUGGUCGGACAAAACAUCACUAACUGGUUUGAACUCUGCAAACCUUUGGUUGAGUUUAAAUGGGAGGUGAUUUUGUCCCGAAUAAACUCUAUGUUUGAAUUAGCUUCACAAGAGGAAAUAGAUAAACUGUGCGCAACUGGGGGAGGUACAUCAUCAGGUGGGUAUAGCAGUGCUGACAUGGAUAACAUAUUAGAUGAAGAUGUGGACAAAACUCUACACAUCAAGGGACAAAUGCUGUAUGUAAAAGAAUGGAACUCUAUUCUCUUCCUUGCAUGUCCAAUUAUGAAGGAUUUGAACAGUCUGAUUUGGUCUGGUCUUUUUAUAAACGAUCUUAGUAUGCAUGAUUACUCAAGAGAUAUUAUGUUGUCAAAAACUCAGGAGCAAAUUGAACUUAAGAUGGCAUUGAUGACUGCAGAAAUAAAAGCCCAAGGAGUUCUGAUACAAAAGAAAAAGUUGGAUGUUGUUAUGAAGAAAACUCAAGAUAUAAUUGAUUCAAUGCUACCAAAACAAAUUGCUACAGAAUUGGCUCAUGGGAAAACAAAUAUGGAGGUCUGUCAGUCCUAUGAAAUGGUGACAAUGCUUUUCUCAGAUAUUGUCACCUUCACAGUUAUCUGCUCAAGACUCAAACCUCUACAGGUGGUUGCCCUCCUGAACAACAUGUACACCCUCUUCGAUUUUCUUUGUGAUCAAAAUGCAGUGUACAAGGUUGAAACCAUAGGAGAUGCAUACCUCAUUGUGGCUGGAGCACCCAUUAAGGCUAAUAACCAUGCUAUGCGGAUAUGUGAUAUGGCAUUUGAUAUGAUGGAUGGAAUAUCAAUGAUGAAAGAUCCCGGAACAGGAGCGGACAUACAGAUGAGAAUUGGAUGUCACUCUGGUUCUGUCAUUGCUGGAGUUGUUGGUUUGAAAAUGCCAAGGUAUUGUCUGUUUGGAGUAAAUGUUGGCCUGACUGAAAAAUUUGAAUCUAAUUCUAAACCAAUGAGAAUACAUAUUUCUGAAACAUGUCAGAGAGCCCUCACAGCGCAAUAUAGGGUUGAAGAACGAAACGAUCCGGGUUUAAAAGAAAAGGUUGGUGGCUAUAGAAGCUACUUCCUUAAUGUUAAAGAGGGAAGAAAACCUCUCUCAGCAGCUGUUAUCAAAGCUUUAAUGCCCAGAGAUGAAGAAAUGAAACCCUUAGAGAGCAAAGAUGAGACUGCUGAUAAGAAAGACACCACUGAUGAAGAAAAAGUAGUACCACCUGACCAGAAAGAAGGAAAGGAUGGGAAUACACCUGUCUCUGAAAUAGCAAAUAUUUCCACAACUGAAGGUCAAGAUGAAAAAAAUUUCCUGAAGCCUUCGGAAGAAACAAACUCAGUAGCAGACAAAUCUUUAAAGGGUAUCUUUAUGAAGCAUGCAUUACAAUCCUUGCACAGAGAGGGUCAUUUGAAAUUACAAUUAGUUCCUGACCUAUUCAGAAGAGAUGCAGCCAACAAUAAUGAAGAAGCAAAAGAACCAGAUGCUCCCCAAGAUACCUCUAAUACUAGCAGCAAUAUUAAGGAUCAUGUUAUACCAACCGUUGAAACUGUGAGCAAUAGCCAAUGUUUUGGUGGACUCAAACGUUCUACUACUUGCAGCAUAAUCUGAAGGAAAACAGCUCGAAUUGGUGAAAAACAAAUAUUUAUGAAGAUUAAAUCAAAAUUUUAAAUAAAACUACAUUAUUCCGUGAUUUGUCUUUUAAUCUAUUUACUAAAAUAUAUAAUAAGAAAUAUGUUAAU